AACCAGUACGCAUGCGCAGAGGGUGGCAGUUACUCAUCUCGUGAGCGCGCACAGCAGUGGAAAGUUUCAUCGACAUUAACGGCGUCGCGCAUCCCAGGGAAACGUUCACCCAGGACAACGCUCUGAAAUCAACACAAAGACAUGGGUCGCCUAACAGUACUGUUUCUCUGCCUGGCUCUUGUGGUGUCCGUUUUGGCCAAACGAGGUGGGGGCGGUAAAGGCGGAUUUAGCUUGGGCAAAAUUGGCUCAAACAAAGGUGGAAGCAGCACAGGAAGCAAAGGUGGCAGCAGCAAAGGUGGCAGCAGCAGCAGCAGUAGCAAUAAAGGGACACACUCGGCCCCUGGAAACUAUCCUCGCCAACCUCAAGUACCAAACCAGAAUCCACCCCCCUAUCCCGGUACUGGAGGCGGGUACCCUAGCCAGGGCAGAUAUCCAGCAGCUGGCUCUAAUCCAGGUCAAGGAAACCCUGCCCAAGGUAGAUACCCAGCCCAAGGUGGAAACCCUGCCCAAGGUGGCUACCCAGCCCAAGGUGGCUACCCAGCCCAAGGUGGCUACCCAGCGCAAGGUGGUUACCCAGCCCAAGGUAGAAAUCCUGCCCAAGGUGGCUACCCAGCGCAAGGUGGUUAUCCAGCCCAAGGUGGCUACCCAGCCCAAGGUGGCUACCCAGCCCAAGGUGGUUACCCAGCCCAAGGUAGAAAUCCUGCCCAAGGUGGCUACCCAGCCCAAGGUGGUUAUCCAGCACAGGGUGGCUACCCAGGGGGAGCAGGUUCCAACAGGUAUCCUGGACAAGCCGGAGGAAACCCCUAUCCAGCUGGAGGCUCUUAUCCAGGUUAUCCAGUCCGAGGAGGUUCCAGCCCUAACCAGUUUGGUGGAGGUGUUGCAGGUGCAGGGGCAGGGGCAGGUGGAUAUCCAGGAGCGGCACAGUAUCCUUACUGGAACCCCAACAACAAAAUCAUGAGCCCAGGCUAUGGGGGCAAUUACGGUGGCUAUGGGCAAGGGGGCAGAUCACCUUUUGCCCAGUCAGUGCAGGGCAUGGGAAUGGCCCCUAAUAGCAAUUCAAGGGGAUUUGGCAAGCAGGCGAUUAUGGCUGCUGGGGUAGGGGCGGUGGCCGGUAUGGCUCUGGGAUAUGGCCUCGGAAGUUUCCCUCGUCCCCGCUUCAAUUUCCACAAUCCACAGGAGGAAUACUACUACAAUAACUACAUGUACAAACGUUAUGGCCAAACUCCCCCCGAAAGUAACGUGAAUGGAAACCCUAACUCCCAAGGCGGCAAGCCAGGCGAGGCAGGAUCUAGCUCUACGGGACAAGGAAAUGGUAACCCUUAUGACAUCUUCCAGAAUCCUCCACCAGAGUCCUAUGAUAAGUACAUGGACAAAUGUAUUAAAAGGACUGACUUGCUUCGGGAGAAAUCGGAAGAAAGACCAAGGAGAUCCAUUGACCUCUUUGAGACUCAAGCAGCAGAAGUAGGAGAUGAUCCUAACGGCGCUCAAGAAAAUGCCACAAGCAACAACAGUACUGCUGAAAGAGCCAGUACAGAUCCCCCUUCAUUUAUAGUCUCAAACCCAGCCGAAAUAUCCAGUCAACCUCAAAAGCAGAUCCAGGAAGGAGAAGCAGAAGCCAGUGAUGAUGACGGUGACACUGUUAGCAUUAUGGAGAUUGGCUAUCCUGUACUAAUUGAGCAAAUGAAAGCACGACGAUGUGUCGAGCUGUACAUGGUCUAUGCGGAACAGCAUGCAGAAAAACAGGUGCAGGAUCGCAGUGGCGUGGAUGCUAAAGCCAACGCCAAUAGUGGUGAUUUACCUGGACCCCUUGGCCAUGGAGUCAUGCUACUCUUUACUAGCAUUCUGUCUCUUAUCUUCAGUUGCCUGUUACACUGACAUUCUAGAAAAAGGAUAAACCCCAUAAAGCCAUUGAGUCAGACUGAGAAAUGGACCGCUCACACCUAUUACAUAUAAUUUGAGGAAUUUGUCUUGGGUGUUGUAGAGACUUAAGACAAAGUAUUCUCAAAGGACUACUUGAAGAUUCGACAGAAAGUACUUUUAACUUCUCACAAAGACUCCUCAAUAGUUACUCCACUAAAUUGCAACAUGAGCCACCUAACAAUUUGACAUGAGCCUACAUUUUAUAGUAGUUUCCAAAAGUUUAAAACAUUGUCAGUUUUUCUACACCAUUCACCUUCCAUCACUGCCUCCUUCUCGCAUGUGGUUUGAUGAACACUAACUUUUCUUCCAAGACAGCAUACUGCAUGAACACUUUAUUAUCUCCAGUUUAAACGUUGCGCACGGCAUUGGCAUUUGAGUCAUUGUUUUCUUCUAGUAACAGCUAUUACAACUAACCAUCAUUAUGUUUACGACAUGAAAUGGUGGCUUCCAGUUCUGUCCUUAUGAUGGCACUUCUACUUGCGUAGUUGAAAUUUAAAUUUGUUGUAUUUGUUGUUGUUUUUUUGAUUGUUUAGACUGUUAACUUACGGAUUAACAUUCUACUGACAUACUUAUUUAUUUUAAAUUAAUAUUAUGAACAUUUAAAUGUCUUUUCAAAGUCCUCCACUGUUGGUUUUGUUAUUUUUACUUCUCCGGGGCCUAAAAAUACUGUUUUUAUAUUGCCGUAUCAAGCUGAAAGACAUUAAGCAUUUAAACAGUUUGUGUGAAUGGCUCCUUAGUGAAUGUUUAUGUAAUCAUAAAUGUUUGGUUUCAACUAGAUAUGUACGAUAACACUCCUGCGUGUCAGUUUAAUUCAUAUCAGAUGUACUAUGAAACACUCAUGCAGCUCAUCCACUGCUCACUGAGAUAAAACAGUAUUUUAUAUAAAGUCGGAUUUUUAUCAGUA